UCAGACUCCACUUCUCAUAUCAUCUACAGGAGAUACAGCAAAUUCUUUGACUUACAGAUGCGAAUCCUUGACAAAUUCCCAAUUGACGGUGGCCAGAAGGACCCCAAAAAGAGGAUAAUUCCUUUUUUGCCAGGAAAGGUGCUGUUUCGCAGAAGUCACAUAAGGGAUGUAGCUGUCAGAAGACUGAAGCACCUGGAUAACUACUGCAAAGCUCUGUUGAAGCUUCCCACCCACCUUUCCCAAAGUGAGGAGGUUCUUAAGUUCUUUGAAACCAAUGCAGAGGACCUGAACCCUCCCACAGAAGAGUGCAGUGGCUCCGGCAAACGCAAAUCAGGUCUGGAUGCUUCGGAUCCCAUGCUCCUGGAACAGUAUGUGGUGGUGGCCAGUUACGAAAAACAAGAACCUGCAGAAAUCAGCCUUCAAGCGGGUGAGGUGGUGGACGUCAUUGAAAAGAGCGAGAGUGGUUGGUGGUUUGUCAGUACUGCAGAGGAGCAGGGUUGGGUCCCUGCUACCUAUCUCAACACCCACAGUGGUACACGAGAUGACUUGGAGCUGGGCGCUUCAAAAGCCGGGGAAGUUACUAAGCGACAUAAGGCCCAUCUGAAGAGGCUGGACCGGAGAUGGACGUUGGGGGGUGUCAUCAGCAGGCAGCAGAGCCGAGAAGAGAAGUACGUUACAGUGCAGCCUUACACCAGCCAGGGAAAGGAUGAAAUUGCUUUUGAAAAAGGAGCCAUUGUGGAGGUGAUUCAGAAGAACCUAGAAGGCUGGUGGUUUAUCAGAUACCAGGAUAAGGAGGGCUGGGCUCCAGCCUCUUACCUGAAAAAGAUGAAGGAUGACUUCUCUCCCCGUAAGAAGACUGUGACAGGACCAGUGGAGAUCAUUGGCAACAUCAUGGAGAUCAGUAACCUGCUUAACAAGAAAGCCCUGAGUGAGAAAGACGUGCAGACUGAAGGUGUCCCGGAGAGCCCCCAAGAGGCUAGGAAGGAGAUCAGCUUGCCAAUCCCGUGCUCUGAUUCCAGCCCUGUCAAUACCCAACAGGAUGGAAAAAGCAAAGCAGAGCCAGCUUCGCCAGCUGUAGCCCGUAUUGCCCCUCAUCGAGUGGAAAUUGGUUCACCAGUUCUCAGGCAAAAACCUCCUCCUCGAAGAGAUGCAACCCUGGGAUUUCAGUUGCCCUCCCCACCAGAGCCCCCUACAGUUGAAGCAGAGUAUUACACCAUUGCAGAUUUUCAGUCCUGUAUAUCUGAUGGGAUUAGUUUCAAUGGAGGACAGAAAGCAGAGGUCAUUGAGAAGAAUUCUGGUGGCUGGUGGUAUGUCUCAAUAGGAGAAAGGGAGGGCUGGGCUCCCUGCUCCUACAUCGACAAACGUAAAAAGCCUAAUCUGAAUCGUAGAACAAGCACUCUGUGCCGCCCCAAAGUCCCACCCCCAGCUCCACCUGUCAAAAAACAGGACUCUGUGGAGACUGCACCUCCAAGCAGCCCAGGGUCUGAGGCUCCAGAGUCCCCUGUGUCUCCUGGGAGGCCUGUGUAUGAAGAGCCAGAAUACGAUGUUCCUGCCAUUGGCGAUCUAGAUAUGGAGUCUGAGUUUGAGUUUCUGAGGGGUGAAGCUUCUUUAGUGGAUGGAAAAAAUGAAGACACUUCCUCAGAGAAGGGAUCCCAUCUGUCCUCCAAGCCCUCCCCAGCUUCAUCACUCCACAGUGCCUCCUUCAAGAUGGGUGAGUCAUUUGAAGAUGGCCAUGAGGCAGAGGUGGAGGCAGAGGUAGAGGAAGAGUGUAUCUAUGAGAAUGAUGGCUUCCGACCCUUCAGGGAGACCCCAGAGAGGCAGUGCAGCAGAGACUCAAAUUCCUCCAAGACAAGUGUCUUGUUAGAAACUGGCAAGACUGCAAACAUUAACUCAACACCAGCAGGAUGGAGAUCUGUGGGUAAGAAGCUCAAGAUUGACUUGAAUGGGAGCCCAUCUUCAACCAAAGCUGAGGAGGCAUCCAGCCCUAAAUCUGCCUCCACUGAGUCUACCCCAGAUCUGUCCAGACCAAAGAAAGACCAAGAGGAAAGCAAAACAUUCUCUGCCAACAAUUCUUCCUUUAAACUAAAGCCAGUAGUUAGGCCUAAACCACAGCUUGCCAAGGCGUCAAGUGCCGAGAAGAUGGACAUCAGCACCUUAAGAAGACAGCUACGGCCCACAGGGCAGCUGAAGAAUGGCAGUAAAACUAAAGGUGAGGACUCUGAGACAGCCUCUGUCAUCUCCUCUGAGGACUCCUUCUCUUCUCAGAGCACCUCAGACCUCUCCUCUAUCUACUCCAAAGGCAGCCGGGGAGACUCUGACCUGGAAGGCUGCUGCCUUUAUCGCACCACAGAUCCCUAUGUAAAGAUCCAAGAGUGUGAGCUCACCUUCCCUGCUGGGGUGGAGGUGGAGGUGCUGGAGAAGCAGGAGAGUGGCUGGUGGUACAUUCGCUGGGGUGAUACAGAGGGUUGGGCCCCAACGUACUUCCUGGAGCCAGUCAGACAAGAUGACAUGGCAGGGUCCGAAUCUGAUGGCACUCCCACUAAACCUGGAAGCCUCAGCAAGUCCAACAGCUUGGAGAAGAAUGAACAAAGGGUGCAGGCCUUGAACAACAUUAACCAAAACCUAAAGAAGGUCACGCCACCCAUCCCCUCCAAGCCUCCAGGUGGCCUCUCCAAACCUACCGGGUUGUUUUUAUCACAGAAGCAGAACAGCACCAAACAGCAGCAGGUUGUCAGACCUCAGUCCGUCUUCAUAUCAGCUCCCAUCAAGGAUGGUCCCAGCCCUGUUGGCUCUCUCAGGAGAAACGAAUCCCUCAACUCAACAGACCACCCUCGUGCCAGCCCCACAGUGCGACGGAAUGCAUCUUUUGGCACAGUGCCACGCAGCCUUGCACCGAACAAUUUAGCACUACCCAGCAGUAACAGAUCUGGUACUGGUAGCUCUGAAUCCCUCGGCCUCAGCUCUCUGAAGAACGCCCUCCCUGUAUCCACAGUGAAACCCAAGCCCCACAUCAUUCAUAACAACCUCAGAGAGGUGUAUGUCUCCAUAGCAGAUUACCACGGCGACGAGGAGACCAUGGGAUUUCCUGAGGGGACAAGUCUGGAGGUUCUUGAUAGAAACCCAAAUGGCUGGUGGUACUGCAAGGUUCUGGACAAUGGCAGACCAAGGAAAGGGUGGGUUCCUUCAAAUUACCUCGAGAAAAAGCACUAGCGCUUGUGUGAGGAGCUGGCUGAACUCUGAACAUGUAUGUAAAGACUUCUAAAAGAGACAUCAAUUUUGUGAAAAAGGUUAACCCUAAAACAUUGAGUUAGGAUUGAAAUCUUACCCGGUACAAAAUGAGCAGCCAGAUCAGAUCGUGACUUUGAAAAGAAAUGAGACAUCUAGUAAAAUGAGUCUACAUGAUACAGUGCCUGAGACGUCGCAUUAGGAGCAAUAUAGUAUAACACCAGAAAGUGGAAGAAUGAUUAAAUGCUUCAGUCAUUAACUUUAACUUGAAAUAAAAUGUCAUUUUGUGUCCACCCCUUGAAUGUUUCUUUUUUUGUAAGUUUAUAAUGUAAUUUUGUACAACUUUUUAAGCAUUUAAAACUUACUGCAUGUUUGAAGUGAUUCAAUAUACUGACAAUGCCUUGGGCUGUUAAGAUUUAACAUUUUUCCUCCUUUCCUUACAGAAAAUUUCAGUUGUUGCCAAAGCUGCUUUGUGUUAGUCUCAUUUUGGUGCUGUCUGUUUGCAUGUUUUUUUUAAUAUCUUUUUAUACUGUAUGUCACCGUUAUUUUGAAUAUUUUACCCAUUUAAUUGUGUAAUAUUGUCCUAACGAAACAAUUUGUGAGCAUCUCUGAUCAUCACAAUAUUUUAUUUCCCUAAAUCAGAAAUGAAUCCCUGUUGACUUCCCUGAAAUUAUCCUUUUAUGGUUGUUUUCUUUAUUUCAGAGACUAUUGUUCAACUUAAAAAUUCCCUAACUUCAGCAAAAACUAUAUUUAUUCAUCACUUUAGAAUUAUAUUAUUGCUUAUUUUAUUAUUAUUGUAAGAACAGAUAAACACAUUUUCACAACCGCUCAAACAUUUUUACGAGCUGACUGCUCUAAUAAUCCUGAUAACAUUAAAAAUUUCUGCUGGGCAGUAAAUUUGACAAAACUUUUCAGCUGUAGUCAUACAGGGAUGCUCACUUUUGUUUUAUGUUAACUGUGUGACCAGCGAUGAUAACUGAAGUGCCAAAAGAAAGACUUAAA